AUGGGCUGUGGAUUUGACAUUAAGGAUCUUGGUCCCCUUCACUAUUUUCUUGGUUUACAGGUCAAGCCUCAUUCCAAUGGCCUUCACAUCAAUCAACUCAAGUAUGCUCAUGAUAUUUUAGAGAAGCAUUAUCUGUUACUCAAUCAACCAGUGAGCACCCCAAUGUCGGCAAAAGCUGUUCUCACCACACAUGAUGGGGACCUUCUUGAAAAUCCAAUUGUCUUUCGUGAGAUAGUUGGCUCCUUGCAGUACCUAACCAUUACACGCCCUGACAUCGCCUUUGCGGUCAAUUAUGUGUCACAAUUCAUGAGUCAACCUCGUGCUCCGCAUCUCAUUGCAGCUAAACGUAUUCUCCGCUAUGUCAAAGGCACACUAGGCCAUGGUCUCUAUUUUAGUCCUCAACGCCAACCUGCCCACCUUUCUGCUUACUCUGAUGCCGAUUCGGCCGGUUGCCCAGAAUCUCGCCGUUCCACUUCCAGCUAUCUCAUUUACCUUGGCAAUACCCUUAUCGCUUGGUGUUCCAAAAAGCAACCUACCAUUGCUCGCUCCAGUGCAAAAUCUGAAUAUCGAUCCCUUGCUCAUUCCAGUGCCGAGACAACUUGGCUAGGCUUCUUACUAGCUAUAUGA